CUGACGGGCGGAGGCUGGGCUGCUGAAGUAAGAGGGGCGGAGCCCGGGUCGCCGCCGCCGCCGCCGCCAGAGAGGAGUAUGUCUGCAACUCAAGCCAAGAAAGUGAAGAUGGCCACCAAAUCAUGCCCCGAGUGCGACCAACAGGUACCUGUUGCAUGUAAAUCUUGUCCCUGUGGUUAUGUAUUUAUUAAUAGGAAACCUCUAAAAAUAAAACACUCAGAGAAAUCAUCACCUUUUACAGAAGUGAACAAUACCAUGUCUUCGAAAGAUUUACGAAUACUUUUUUUAUAUGAAUUUAAACUAGGACAUAGUGCAGCCACGGCAAGUAGAAACAUCAAUUCUGUCUUUGGAGAAGGCUCUGUUAGUGAAAGGACUAUCCGAUGGUGGUUUGAAAAAUUUCGUUCUGGGGAUCUGAGUCUGAAAAAUGAGCCUCGAGGGAGACCCAAAUCUGUUUUAAAUGAAGAUCAGUUGAGAGCCAUGGUGGAAGCUAACCCCAGAACAGCAAUUCGAGGUCUUGCAGCAGACUUAGGAGUUUCUGCUACAACAAUUUCUCGACACCUGGCUGCAAUAGGAAAGGUGAAAAAAUUGGACAAGUGGGUAGGUACCACACCAGUUAAUGGACUGUCAUAAACUCAGAUGGUUAGAGGUAUGCUCAUCCCUUAAGAUUUGAAAGAACAGAGACAUAUUUUGGAGAGGAUCAUAAGCUCUGAUAAAAAAUGAAAUUGAAAGUGGUUGGGGCAAUGGUUGGAUUUUGAUGAAGUUCCCGAAUGUGUUCAAACAAUCACUGCAACCAAAAAAGGUUCUGGUAAUGUCUGGUGGUCUACAAAGAGUGUUUCAUUACCGCUUUUUAACCCAGGUAUAACUAACAGUAGCAUCUUACUGUCAAAAAGUUGAAAUUAUAUAUCAAAAAAGGUGAUCUAAAAGCACUCUGUAUUGGUUAGCAGACAUGGACCUAUACUGUUGCAUGACAACAUUUGACCACAGAAAUCACAAACCAUCAUAGAGAAGUUAACUGAAUUGAACGAAGAAAUUUUCCCACAUUCAUCAUAUUCACCUGACUUUUUUUCAACCAAUUACCACCUUUUCUGUCAUUUGGAACUCUUUCUGAGAAACAAAACUUUUUCCAAUUGAGAAGCAGUAAUUGGAGGAUUUGAAUAAACAUUAACAAUGCUAAAUUUUAUAAAUAUGGUAUAUGCCAUUUAAUAUUUGGGGAAAGCAGUUAAUGCUAACAGUGCAUACUUUGGUUGAAUAAAGCUUUUCUUUUUCUCCAAAAUAUUUAACAUUUUCAUUUGACCCAUAAAAAGGCAAUUUCAUGUGGUUCAACUUGAUACCUUCCCAGACCCUGGCAGAAUGUGAAGACUGAAAGGUACCUAAGGUAUGGAAAACUACAAGCUGCCCCUGAGCUUUGGGCUUCUUCACUGGAGGAAUGUGGAGCAACCCAGUGUAUGUGUGUGUGAAAGAUGCUUAGGGGUCAGCCAUGCAGAGGUCUGGGUAAAGUGGGUUCCAGGGAGAUGAGGUGCCUCAUCACAGGCUCUGAGGCUCUCAGAAAAAAAAAUUUUUUUAAAUUAAUUAAUUAAUUUUUGGCUGCUCUGGGUUUUUGUUGCUGCACGUGGGCUUUCUCUAGGUGCAGUGAGUGGAGGCUACUCUUCGUUGCAGUGGACAGGCUUCUCAUUGUGGUGGCUUCCCUUGUUGCGGAACAUGGGCUCUAGACGCGCAGGCUUUAGUAGUUGUGGCUCGUGGGCUCUAGAGCGCAGGCUUAGUAGUUGCGGUGCACAGGCUUAGUCGCUCUGCGGCAUGUGGGAUCUUCCCGGACCAGGGCUUGAACCCGUGUCCCCUGAAUUGGCAGGUGGAUUCUUAACCACUGCACCACCAGGGAAGUCCUCUCAGGAAAUAUUUUUUGAAUAAAGAAAUGAAAGUAUGUUUCUAACACUAGAAGGCAUGCACACAUGGCUCAGUGAUGCUUUUGGGUGUAAUACUUACUCUGUCACACAGAGCCAGUCCUUUCUUUCAUAUGUUUUCCAUUCUGAUUUUAUAUUUUUUAAAAAUGUAGGUGGCCUGUGAGAGACCAUAAUUAAUGGCCUCUUUAUGAUUUUUUAACUAGAUUGCAGUUACUCUUUGUGGCAUCUAGGGAUUAAGUUGGGAUAAAGAUACCAGGAUGGUCCUCUUCCUGCCUCUUUCGCUCAUGACAACCUGCUAUGUCUAAUCCAUGAAGGAGAGGAGAGUUAAGGAAUCUUGAAAGGUUAAGAGGUGAGAGGACAUCCUGGAAUGGAUCUUACCUGGAGGGAGAGAGAGACACAGAAAGGGAGGGAAGAAGGGAAAUGGAGGGAGAGAUGGAAUGGAAAUUCCCUAAAAGUAGAAUUGACUAUGAGCCCAAGGAUUAAGGACCAUGGGAUGGUUUACUGCAAAAAAGAAAAAAAAAAAUUGUCCUUUCCUUUGGGUAGAUGCAACCCUGCACCAUGACACAUGGCUUGGUGAGCAGAGCAUAGGGUGCUUUCAGUCCUAAUUUAUUCCCUUGGCUGGAUGCCCUGGUUGGGAGUCACCUGCUCAUUUACUACUCCAUCUUUGGGUUUAUCAAGGAAUCUACAGAGUUUCUGUGGACUCUUGCUUACUCCCAGGAGAGUAAAGCUUCUGAUUAGUUCAGACUGAUAGGGUAAGAGGACUAAGACCGGAAGUGUGGGAAGGACUUUAUUUCAAAGGCAGCACAAGGGUGAGGCUAAAUGGUAACAGGGUGAGAGGCAGUGGCUUGGCCAAUGGGAAAGAAGUGGUGUUUCUGGAUGGUAGUUGUUUUAUGACCCAUCUAUCCUUCCCUCAAUUCUCAGACCCCUUGUCAGACUUCCAGGGCUGGAUGCUGAAUUUUGGUCUAAAACAAUCAGUAGAUAUCUUUGUCCAGCCCAAAUCAGUGGUUCCUGGAUGGGUAGGAAACCCAAAUAGGAGCAGUGAAACAUGAUGAGACAGGAAAAGGAGCAAAUAUAGGAUGGUGAGCUAUCUUAGCCAUCUUCCCUACCAUCUCCAACAAGGGGUGUAGACCCAAGAGACAGAAACGGGCCCUGUGGUUCUUGUGAGGACAUGGAUCCAGUUGUGCCUGAAACUGGUACUACUUAUUAGUGUUUUUUGGUUAUGUGAGCCAGUAACCCUUUUUGCUUAAGCCAUUUUGAGUUGGGUUUUCUGUUUGGAAAAAAAAAAUUCCUGACUGAUAAUGCUCCCUGAGCCUUACUUUAUUUAACUGUAACCUUUGCAGGGCUUGGGGAGGAAGAGGGACAAUUAAUGUAAAGGACAGGCACAGAGUAGAUGCCCAAUAAGUAGUAUUUAAUACUAUGAGAGAAAAAGCAAAAGGAGGCAAAGUGAGGCGUAAGACACCUCUGGAGGCCCCUCUGUGUUCAGGGCAGGCCAGUGGGCUGAGUUCAGUGCUCAGCGAAGGCUGGUACCUGUCUCGUACUGUCCAGAGGUACUCAGCUGUAAAGGAGGGCUGGCUUCUUGAGUUGAGCCUGUGGCUUUCCUGCAAUGAGUGUUCCCUGACCCAGUGUGUUAUUGGCCUCGCAGGAAGAAAAGAAAAGCUCUCUUUCAGGACAAAGAUGGCAUCUUCUUUGUCUAUUAUUUGUAUCUUUUUUAAAAAAAAUCAUAGACCAUUCCUUUUUGGAAAUAUGGAGUAUAAUGUGAACAGAAUCAACACAAAAUGACUACAUUUUCAUCAUUGUGAUGAUCAUCUCUCCAUUGCUUUGGAAAAGUAGGAACUACAGCUUUAAACUUAUAACUCUUUAAUUUAGGAGCUAUAUUGGGUUUCAAGAAAAAUGAGAAAUUUUAUACACAAGACCUCCCAAGCAGCCUAGUGCUCUUGUUAUCCUUUCCCAGAAAAGAAAGAAAAGCUUUAAAAGCUUCCUUGAUAGAAACUUUGGUUUGUUUGAGUGUCAAAAUAAAGGAGUUGAGAUGGAGGCUGUUACAUCUCACCUGCCCUUACCCCCCAGGAACUUGGGUUGUAAUUACAAAAGGGGAUAAAAAAUGGCUUUGAGGGAAUUCCCCGGUGGUCCAGUGGUUAAGACUCCGCACUUUCACUGACAAGGGUCUUGGUUCGAUCCGUCGUUGGGGAACUAAGAUCCCACAAGGCCAGCGGCGCGGCCAAAAAAAAAAAAAAAAAAAAAAAAAAGGCUUUGAAUGGCCAUUUUGGUUUCUCAAGUACAUAAUACCUGUAUUAGAAUAGUUCCUGAGGACUUCCCCGGUGGCGCAGCGGUUAAGAAUCUGCCUGCCAAUGCAGGGGACACAGGUUCGAGCCCUGGUCCAGGAAGAUCCCACAUGCUAAGGAGCAACUAAGCCCCUGUGCCACAACUACUGAGCCUGCGCUCUAAAGCCCGCGAGCCACAGCUAGUGAAGCCCGUGCUCCGCACAACAAGAGAAGCCACUGCAAUGAGAAGCCUGUGCACUGCAACAAAGAGUAACCCCCGCUCCCCGCAACUAGAGAAAGCCCACGCACAGCAACGAAGACCCAAUGCAGCCAAAAAUAAAUAAAUCAAAGGAAAUUAAAAAAAAAAAAGUUCCUGCCUGGUCUAAUUGCUUACUAUGAGACUAGAGCACCUACAGCCACUUCAACAGCACACAUGAAGGAUCUUGAGCAAAGUUAGAAGUAGCAUCGAAAGCCAGUGGAAAGUGGGCUUUUCCAGCACCCAUCCUCAGUAUGUCAGAUUCUCUCUUCCUCUUUCUUUUGGUGCUUCGGCCAUAAUAGCUUCCUUUCAUUUCCUUUUACCUCAGUUAAUUUGCCCAUGCUGUUCCUUCUGGCUGAAUAUUUGCUAAUCCUCUUUACCUCACUAACUCUACCCAUCAUGCAUAUUUCCUCCAGGAAGUCUCCACUUCCACAGGGAAGGCCCAGAAUAGUACCUUCAUAAUUGUGAUCACUGUAGUUAUAUAUUUAUUUGUAUAAUAGUAUGUGUUUUUAUGAGAUUCACAACAGCAGGAACUUUAUUUUACUCACAAGGUUGUAUCCCCAUCAAGAGCACAAGGUCUAGCACAUAGUAGGUACCUAGUAAGUAUUAAAUGAAUGAAUAAGUGUCAGGGCCAGUAUCAUCCAUUUUGUAGAAAACCCUUGUUUUGGUAAUGGUGUAAGUAAGGAAUAUGUUUGACAGCAGAUAAUUGAAAACCUAAUGAACAGUGGUUUAAAAAGUAGGUCUUGUUUCCUAUAAUUUAUGAAAAUUUUCAGACAUACAAAAUACUUAAAUUUUACAAUGGACACCUGUAUGCCAACAGCCUAGAUUGUACCACUGACAUUUUACUAUACUGUAUUUGCUUUAUCACUUAUCUACCCAUGUAGCCAUAUUUUUUUUAUGCAUUUCAAUGUAAGUUGCAGGCAUUAGCACAUUUCCCCCUAAAUACUUCAGCAUACAUAUCAUUACUCAGAGUUCAAUAUUUGCUUAAGGUUCUUGUUGAGAUAAAAUUUAAAUUCAAUAAAACGCCUAAAUCUUAAGAGUACUUUUCAAUACAUUUUGACAAAUGCCAAUACUUGUGUAACACAAACCCCUAUUAAGAUACAGACUAUUACUAUCGGCCCAGGAAGUUCCCUCAUACCCCUUUUCAUUUUAUCCCCACCCUUAUCCUCCAAGAGGCAAACACUGCUCUGAUUUUUUUCUACCAUGGAAUAGUUUUGCUUGUUCUAGAACUGCAUAUAAAUGGAACUACAGUAUGUGCUCUUUUGUGUAAGGCUUCUUUUACUGAGCAUAAUGUUUUUGAGAUUCAUCCAUUUUGUUGUAUCAGUAAUUUGUUCCUUUUAAAAGCUGAUUCAUAUUCCAUUAAAUGAAUAUACUACAAUUUGUUUAUCUAUUUAUAUUUACCUAUUGAUAGACAUUUGUGUGUUAUUUUCCUCAUUUUGGGUCCAUUAUGAAUAAAGCUGUUAUGACUAUUCUUGCACAA